AUGGCCCUUACCACAGACGGGAAAUCGAAAUCACCGAAUGGGUCCCUCAAGCCGCCCAAGGGAAUUAAUGGGAUUGGUGGCGUAAACGGCCUUGUCGUGCCCGCACGGAGGACUCGGGUACGGAAGAGGAGGAGUUUCUUCGCAUGGAGCUUCGGCAUCAUUGCGAGGUUAUUUACCUGGUACUCCAUUUUUUCCGUCGUCUUCCGUUGUCCCCCCACACUCGAAGCAUGCACCGACGAGACACCGAAGAUUUGCAGGCCAUACUUCGAGGUGAAAGCAGCUGUGCUGCCGCGUAUCCUACCGUAUUACGAUGCCUAUGCUGCGCCCUACGUCGAUUUUUCCAGACCUUACUACGACGCUAUCGACCGCAUUGUCAUCGUCCCUGCCUACACCUAUGCAGUCAAAUACGGCGGCCCGAAGCUAAUCCAGGCCCAGACGAUGGGUCGCGCCAAAUGGGAGAAAAACGUGCAACCUCAAUUGGGCAAAUAUCAAGACCUAGCCAGGGCCCAGUACGAGCGGACAGUAGCACCGCACGUUGAGAGGGUUUUGACCGCUGUCUCUCCCUACUACGACAUCGCUCGAACCAACGCGUUGCAGGGCUAUCAUGAAUUCAUUCUGCCAACUUAUCUAGUUAUUCAACCGUACGCCUCACAGGGCUACGACGCUGCUUACACGUUCACUGUCAACACUGCCAUCCCCUCAGCUAUACGGGCUUGGCAUAAGACCUACGUCUUCCUCGAUUCAACGGUCUGGCCUCAUGUGCGGGAUGUUUAUGUCAUGAAAGUUGAGCCCCAGCUCCUGCGUAUCGGCGAACGCCUUGGUAGAUACAAAGAGAGGAAGAUCAAAUCGCUUACCGAGGAUGCGUACUCCCUUACUCCUAAGUCUGCCUUUUCGAAGCCGACUGCUUCUGUCUCCUCACCUACGAACGUUGAUGCUGAGAGUACUGCCAAUCCCAGAUCAUCCUCAGAAAACGUGGAUCACCCGGAGGACUACAAACCUGCCGCAGAAAUCGAUAUUGAACAGACCGCGAGAUCACUCACCUCGGAAGAAGCGCGUGAACAAGCCGCGAAGACUGUGACCGAGGACCUAGAGCUGUGGGAAGGAAAGUUCACGAAAGCAGCUGAAGACGGCGCUGCUGAGAUCGAGGAGCGCAUCGAUGAGAUUUCGGAUCGCAUGGUUCAGAGGCAUGCGUACGGAAUGGGCAAGUCGCUUGUGAAGCAGCUGGAUGACACCGCUAGCAUUGAGCUGGAGAAUCUGCGGAAGUCUAUCAUCUCGAUUCUAGAGACACGAGGUGAUAGGACUGAGAAGAUAGAUGAGGCCCUCACAGCUGUCGUCCGUAAUGCUGGCCUGAAGAUCAGGGACAGAGCCCAGGAUAUUCGUACCUGGCGACAGGCGUACGACCAAGAGACGGAGAUUGCGGUUACGAAGGCCGCCGAGGAACACUAUAGCAUCCUGCAGCAAACUCGUGACCUCGCCCUCCAGAAGAUCGGUAUGAAGUGGGCCUGGAUGGAUGGGGUUACCUACAAGGACUGGCAAAAGUACCACCAGCUUAGGGACCGAUUUAAUGAGUGGACGGAAGACUUCAAGCGGUUAAUCACUACGCAUCCAGGCCUUGAAGCCGCUCGGGCAGCCGGCGCCAGCAUUGAGGAGGAGGGCAUGGGCAUCGCUCAGGCUGCCGCACAAGAGCUAGGGAGGUUGAAGCAGGUUGCCACGUGGAAGUCUAUAGCUGGUGACUCAAGCGAUGAUUUCGACAGCGAGAAAGCGGAACUAGCAGCUAUAGCCGUCGCUCGGAAAAUGUCCCACGGUGUCGAGGAUGCCACGUCGGUCGGGAACAACCCUACCAAGGACACAGAGAGCGACACCGAGUGGGCUGCCUCCGAACCAAAUAACGAUCCAUUGUCCUCGCCGCCUCCGGGAAGCGCUGAGCCGGCCGAAACAGUCAAGAUAUCGCUCUCCCGUUAUAGUUCAGAAGAGCCCGGCACCUCGAUCCUUCCACCGACGGAAGGGCUCGAAGGCGAACCUAACGACGCCGCCGACGACGCAAUUACUGAGAUACCCGAUGGGUCAAUCAUACCCGGGGAAGAAACCGUUUCUACCACCGUUCGGUCCGCCCUUUUCGGUGCCGCAGCGCAAUCUGUACCCUCGCGACAGCCAAUCCUCGAUGAGGACAUUGUUCUACCAGCGACCGAUAUUUCUGCUAGCAUCACCUCAGCUGCUCAAUCCGCUUACACCACUGCCAUCGCAGGGGCAGCUGAUCAUUACUCUCGUGCCAUGUCAGUUGUUUCGGCGCAAAUCCAAGAGGGGCGGAAACCGAUCCAUGAAGAAAUGUUGAGUUCGGUUUCGAGCGCGUAUUUAGGCGCUGUGGCUGCCGCAAACUCGCGACUCAGCUCGGCGAUGGAAGCAGCAGCGGAGCUUAUGAGCGAAACCCUUAUCGGCGGCGGGGUCCCGCCAACGUCAACUAUUCCGCCUGUGGACUGCGAGUCCCAGUACACUGCUGUCAGUUCGCUAGUAUCCGAGCUCCUCGUCGGAAAAGAGGCUCAUGUCUCCGAAUCCGUCUACUCCCGCCUCGCCGAGGCAUACCCUACUGCCGCCCUACCAGCGUCUAGUUUAAUCAGCGCCGCAUACCCAACAGCUAGCUCUGCUAGGGAGACCGUUUCCGACAAGGCUCAAGAAGGCACGCGACGUGUCGUGGAUGAGCUUUAA